AUGGAGGACAUUCUGCAUCAAGUCGUUAAGGAGGUUUUAGAUGAACAUAAGAUCAGUCUGAGGAGGAGAUGUGAACGUGUGACUGAAGGAAGUGAUGAAACAGGAAGUAGAACCCUCCUCAACAGGAUCUACACUGAGCUCUACAUCACAGAGGGACAGAGUGAAGAGGUUCAUACCCAACAUGAGGUGAGGCAGCUGGAGGCAGCUUCCAAGAUGGACGCCCUCCAUGACGCUCCAAUCAGGUGCCAGGACAUCUUUAAAGCUUUCCCUGACCAACAGAGAGCCAUCAGAGUGGUUCUGACCAACGGCGUGGCUGGUGUUGGAAAAACCUUCUCAGUGCAGAAGUUCACUCUGGACUGGGCAGAGGGCUUGGAGAACCAACAUGUCAGUGUGGUGGUUCUGCUUUCAUUCAGGGAGCUGAACCUGAUCAGAGAUGAGCAGUACAGUCUUCUGGAGCUGCUCCAUGUUUUCCAUCCAACAUUACAGAAGGUCACAGCAGAGAAGCUGGCUGUCUCUCAGCUUUUGUUCAUCUUUGACGGCCUGGAUGAAAGCAGACUUUCAUUGGAUUUCACCAACAGGAAGCUGCUGUCUGAUGUCACACAGAAGUCAUCAGUCAGCCAGCUGCUGACAAACCUCAUCCAGGGGAAUCCGCUUCCCUCGGCUCUCGUCUGGAUAACUUCCCGACCUGCAGCAGCCAAUCAGAUCCCUCCUACAUGUGUUGACAGGGUAACAGAAGCACGAGGCUUCACUGACGCCCAGAAGGAGGAGUACUUCAGGAGGAGAUUCAGUGAUGAAGAGCUGUCCAGCAGAAUCAUCUCCCACAUGAAGACAUCCAGGAGCCUCCACAUCAUGUGUAGUAUCCCAGUCUUCUGCUGGAUCACUGCUACAGUUCUGGAGCACAUGUUGACUACAGAGCAGAGAGGAGAGCUGCCCAAGACCCUGACUGACAUGUACUCACACUUCCUGCUGGUUCAGACAAAGAGGAAGAAGAACAAGUACCAUGGGGGACAUGAGACGAGUCCACAGGAGCUGACGGAGGCUGACAGGGAAGUUCUUCUGAAGAUGGGGAGGCUGGCGUCUGAACAUCUGGAGAAAGGAAACAUCAUGUUCUACCAAGAAGACCUGGAGCAGUGUGGUCUGGAUGUGACAGAGGCCUCGGUGUACUCAGGAGUUUGUACAGAGAUCUUCAAGAGAGAGUGUGUGAUCUUCCAGAAACCAGUCUACUGCUUUGUUCAUCUGAGCAUUCAGGAGUUUCUGGCUGCAGUCUACAUGUUCCACUGUUUCACCAACAGGAAGUCAGACAUGUUGAAGAACUUCCUAAAACCAAAAUCUUUGACCAAGAAGAUUUCAAGUCUUUUUGAUAACAGAGAUCUCCGAUCACUUGAGGUACUUUUGAGCAGAGUCAUGGAGAAAUCCCUCGAGAGUGAAAAUGGCCACCUGGACCUGUUUGUUCGCUUCCUUCAUGGCCUCUCUCUGGAGUCCAACCAGAGACUCUUAGUAGGUCUGCUGGGUCAGACAGAGAACGGUCCAGGAACCAUCCAGAGAGUCAUCAACAACCUGAAGAAGAUGAACAGUGAUAAAAUCUCUCCUGACAGAAGCAUCAACAUCUUCCACUGUCUGAUGGAGAUGAACGACCUCUCAGUACAUCAGGAGAUCCAAGAGUUCCUGAAGUCAGAGAACAGAUCAGAGAAGAAACUCUCUGAGAUCCAGUGCUCAGCUCUUGCCUUCAUACUGCAGAUGUCAGAGGAGGUUCUGGAUGAGUUGGACCUGCAGAAGUACAACACAUCAAUCUGGGGACGACAGAGACUGAUUCCAGCUGUGAGGAACUGCAGAAAGGCUCGACUGACUCGGUGUCGACUCUCAGAGACUCACUGUGAAGUUUUGGCCUCAGCUCUGAAGUCCAACCCCUCCCAUCUGACAGAGCUGGACAUGAGUUGGAACAACCUGCAGGAUUCAGCAGUGAAGCUUCUGUGUGCUGGACUGGAGAGUCCAAACUGUCGACUGCAGACUCUGAGUCUGUCAGGCUGUCUGAUCACAGAGGAAGGCUGUACUUCUCUGGCCUCAGCUCUGAGCUCCAACCCCUCCCAUCUGAGAGAGCUGGACCUGAGCUACAAUCAUCCAGGAGAUUCAGGAAUGAAGCUGCUGUCGGCUGGACUGAAGAUCGACACAAACACAGUACACACAAACCUCAAACUGUCUGACAACAACAGGAAGGUGACACGUGUGGAGGAGGUUCAGUCAUAUCCUGAUCAUCCAGACAGAUUUGAUGUUUUUCAUCAGCUGCUGUGUAGAAAUGGUCUGACUGGUCGCUGUUACUGGGAGGUCGAGUGGAGAGGAGAGGUUUAUAUAUCAGUGAGUUACAGAACAAUGAGAAGGAAAGGAGACAGUAAUGACUGUUUGUUUGGAUGGAAUGAUCAGUCCUGGAGUCUGAUCUGCUAUAAUGAUGGUCCUGUUUGUGUCUGUCACAAUAACAGAGACACAGCCAUCUCCUCCUCCUCCUCCUCCUCUGUCUCUAACAGAGUAGCAGUGUAUGUGGACUGUCCUGCUGGCACUCUGUCCUUCUACAGAGUCUCCUCUGACACUCUGAUCCACCUCCACACCUUCAACACCACAUUCACUCAAACUCUUUAUCCUGGGUUUAGAGUCUGGCCUCCUGGUUCCUCAGUGUCCCUGUGCUGA